AUGUCUAUCUUUCUCAGUUUCUUCUUACUCUUCCCUCUUCUUUUAUUCUUCUUGAUAAAGCUCUCACCUUCUAAAGGGAAGCUUCCUCCGGGACCUCUAGGUCUACCGCUCCUCGGAAACAUGCAUCAACUUGGAAAAUCUCUCCACAGAUCUUUCCAUAAACUCUCUCAAGACUAUGGACCCGUGAUGUUUCUUCGUUUCGGUGUGGUCCCGGUGGUUGUGUUCUCCACGAGAGAAGGAGCUGAAGAAGUUCUCAAGACUCAUGAUCUCGAGACUUGUACCCGACCAAAGCUAACCGCGACCAGGCUGUUUUCUUACAACUACAAAGAUAUUGGCUUCGCCCAAUACGGUGAUGACUGGAGAGAAAUGAGGAAGCUUGGGAUGCUCGAGCUCUUUAGCUCAAAAAAGCUAAAAGCUUUCAGGUAUAUAAGAGAGGAAGAGAGUGAGUUGCUUGUCAAGAAACUCUCGAAAUCCGCCGAGACACACACUUUGGUGGAUUUGAGAAAAGCUCUCUUCUCUCUUACCGCUAGUAUCGUAUGUAGACUUGCUUUUGGACAGAAUUUCCACGAAUGCGAUUUUGUCGACAUGGACAAAGUUGAAGAGCUUGUGCUCGAGUCUGAGACCAAUCUUGGCUCAUUCGCGUUCACUGACUUCUUCCCCGCUGGUCUUGGAUGGGUUAUAGACAGGAUAUCAGGUCAACACUCAGAUUUGCACAAAGCCUUUGCCAGGCUUAGUAACUUCUUUCAGUACGUGAUCGAUGAUCAUUUAAAAACCGAACAAUCUCAAGAUCAUUCAGACAUCGUUGGUGUCAUGUUGGAUAUGAUCAAUAAUCAAAGCAAAGUUGGUUCUUUUAAGGUCACAUAUGAUCAUUUAAAAGGAGUCAUGUCGGAUGUGUUUUUAGCUGGAGUAAACGCAGGAGCGAUCACGAUGAUAUGGGCGAUGACAGAGCUAACAAGACAUCCGAGAGUGAUGAAGAAACUCCAACAAGAGAUUCGAGCAACUCUCGGAGACAACAAAGGAAAAAUCACGGAACAAGAUCUUGAAAAAGUUCACUACCUGAAACUUGUGAUCCAAGAAACAUUCAGAUUACAUCCACCAGCUCCUCUCUUGCUCCCAAGAGAGGCAAUGUCAGACUUAAAGAUCCAAGGCUACAAUAUUCCCAAGAACACAAUGAUCGAGAUCAACACUUACUCAAUAGGACGUGAUCCCAAUUGUUGGGAAAACCCUAACGAUUUCAUCCCCGAGAGAUUUAUCGAUAACCCUGUCGAAUAUAAGGGUCAACAUUACGAGUUGUUGCCAUUCGGUGCUGGUCGCAGGAUCUGUCCCGGGAUGGCCACAGGGAUAACUAUCGUCGAGCUUGGUUUACUUAACGUUCUGUACUUCUUCGAUUGGAGUUUGCCUGAAGGAAUGACCAUUGAAGACAUCGACAUGGAAGAAGCUGGAGCUUUCGUCAUCGCCAAGAAGGUUCCUCUUGAGCUGAUCCCAACCCCACAUAAAUGGUAA